AUGAGCGAGGAUAAUUUAGAAAACGCGCCUACAUUAAAAAGCAACAACGUAAUAAGCUUCAUUAUAGAAUGCAGAAAUAGCAUCAGAUAUGCAGGUAUCUGUAUUUAUAAUAUGCACACGAACUGUUUUUCUCUAUGUGAGUAUAUAGAAAAUGAACAUCUUACUGUAUUAGAAUCAGUGAUAAUACAAUGUAGACCGACUUUAUUUUUAUAUUUUCCAAGUAAUGAUAAGAUAGAUGAUAAAAGGAUAAAACUAAUAUUAGAUUUAUGCGAAGUUAAGGGUUGUGAGCUUCCUAGGAAUUAUUUCCAGUCUACAUCAAUAGAGAAUGACUUGAGCAAAUUAAUUAAAGAAACUGAAGAUGUAAAAAAUUAUAUAUUUUUUUUUAAAUUAGAACUAGCAUGUAAAUCGCUGUGUAGUAUUAUAAAACAUUUAAAUUUGCUAAAUGAUGAUAAUACUGUUAAUAAAUGUAUUUUAAAAAAUUAUAAUAUUAAUGAGUAUAUGAAGUUAGACAAAGCGGCAGUAGUGGCAUUGAAUAUAUAUGCAGAAACCGGCACAGAUAAGAAGAAGCAGAGUAAUAACACAAUGACUCUUUACAAAUUUCUUAACAAAUGCAAAACAAAAAUAGGUGAACGAAAAUUACUUGAAUGGAUAAUGCACCCUUUAAGGGAUGAACACAAAAUUAAUGAAAGACUAGAUAUAGUAGAAAUAUUCAAGGAAGAUGGCGUUACAAGAUCUUUAAUACAAUCGGAUUAUCUUAGAAAAGUAUGUGAUAUACAUAUUAUAAUAAAAAAACUAAAAAUUAUAAGCAGCAAUAGUAGUGUAUCGAAUGAAGAUAAGAAAAGAGGGAAUAAAGUUAACAACUCCAAAACAGGGUGCACUAUUGAAGAUUUAGUAAAAUUAUAUGACAGUAUAAUUGAGUCCAAAAAAAUAUAUUACUGUUUAGGGGAAUAUAAAGGGAAACAUAGAUGUACGUUAGAAAGAAAUUUUCUAACACCUUUAAAAGAUGUUCUUAUAAGCUUAGAUUCAUUUUUAAAACUUAUAGAAUUAACAAUUGACUUAGAUGAAGUACAGAAUAAUAAUUUUUUAAUUUCCCGUAAAUUUGAUGAGGAAUUAGAAAAACUAGCGAACGAAAAAGAAGAGAUAUACAAUUUGAUCAAAGGACACAGGAUAGAAGUAGAGGAAGAUAUUAACUAUUUAAAGGGGGGAGUCAGCAGCAGCAGUAACAGUAGUAACAAAAGAAAUUACGCAAAUAAUAGUAAUACUACUACUAUGAAAGAAGACAUAAAACUGGUCGAGUGUAAUACAAACAUAUUUCUAUUUAGAGCAGUUAAAAAGGAUAUAACUUAUAUACAACAGAGAAAAAAGGUAUAUAUGCAAGUGAGAAUGAACAAAAACGAAAUAUUAUUUCAUACUAAUAAGCUAAAAGAUUUAUGUAAAAAAUAUGAAUACGUCUUACAUGAAUAUAAUACAUCUCAAGAACAGCUAGCUAAUAAAGCAAUACAAGUAGCUAGCUCUUACUGGGAACCAGUAGUAAAAUUAUCGAAAAUUAUUUCACAAAUAGAUGUAUUAUGUGCAUUUGCAUUUGUCAGUGCAUCUAGUAUAUCUGUUUAUGUAAGGCCUAUAGUAGAACAAAAUGGAAAAAUUUUACAUAUGGAAGGUUCACGUCAUCCUUUAGUAGAGAGCAAUUUCUUACUCGUAAAUAAUUUUAUACCAAAUAAUGUAUGUAUGAAUAAAGAUGAUAAAAGAUUAAACAUUAUAACGGGACCUAACAUGGGAGGUAAGAGUACAUAUAUAAGACAGAUAGCUUUAAUAUGUUUGAUGUCUCAAAUAGGUUGUUUCGUUCCUUGUAAUUAUGCAAAAUUACCAAUAUGUUCUCAAAUAAUGUGUCGAGUUGGAUCCUCAGAUAUACAAUUAAAAGGAAUUUCUACCUUUUUUUCCGAAAUGAUUGAAAUUGCAGCUAUUAUAAAAAAUGCGGAUGAAAAUAGUCUAGUCAUUAUAGACGAGUUGGGGAGGGGUACGUCCACCUAUGAAGGAUUUGGUAUUAGUUGGUCCAUUGCUCAUUAUAUACUUACCAAAAUAAAAUGUUUUUGUUUAUUUGCUACCCACUUUCAUGAAAUGUCCAAUUUAGAAACAGAGUAUAUAGGUUGUACCAACAAUCAUGUAGGUGCUAAAAUAGAUACACAAAAAAAAAAAAUUUCUUUUUUAUAUGAAGUUAAAAAAGGAUAUGCAGACAAAAGUUAUGGGGUACAUGUAGCACAAAUUGCAAAAUUACCACAAAGUGUUAUCGAUAAAGCUUUUGAAAAAUCAAAAGAAUUAGAAUCAGUUGAAAAUAGACAUUAUUUUAAAACGAAAUUACAGGCGAAGAAUCAAUUAGAUCGCGAUCAAACUGACAUCUAUCAGAAUAGUCAAAAAUUCCUUAACGAUAUAUUCAGUGCAUCCGACGAUUAUCAAUUUGUUUCGGCAGUCAAACAGAACGCUGCUCUUCUCAACGAAAUGAUCAGUUUGAUGUAG